UCAAACACUAUCCUCCAAAGAUGCUGGUUCACACCUAAGAAACCCAAAGCUCUCUCAGACUGCUAUCGAGCCCUUAUGAUGAGGCAACCAGAUACAGAAUUCCCAUUUGCUAAACAAUGGUCAAGGGAACUUGGCAGAGAGCAGACGCCCGAGGAGUGGACCUCAAAGCUCAAUGCUUCGAAAGGUGUCACCAGGUGCUAUUCAUAUAUAGAGGCACACAGGAAGUUAAUCUGUAGGUGGUACCUCACACCACAACGGCUUCACCAAAU